AUGACCGAGAAUGCUCUUGUGGAGCGCACGUACCAGUCACUCAUGGGUGUGGUCCAAACUACAGCCGUGAGUCGCAAAGUGCUGGCACGACCUCCAUUCACGUUCCUACACAAACUCCUGGUCGAAACUUUGGGCGAGUACGACCUUUUCUCAGAGCAGCAACUCCAGUUUUCUGCCAUGGUUACCAAACAGGCCAAGGCUGCUUUUCUGACCCGUGCGGUCGCAUUCGUGGCAUUCGCGAUGAAUACAAAGCCCAAUCGUCAACACAUCUCGUGUCUUCUACUCGUCAGUCCUGUGCAAGUUCUCGCAGGUGUUAGCGUCCCCGACACGCUCGAGUUUCUUCUACAACUCUGUGAAGUGUGUCGGAUGCCCGAUCGCGCUAUCAAAGAAGCUGCAGCGAAAGAAGUUCGCGAAAAGGGCGACGCGCACUUGUACUCGUCCGGUGUAACAUUUCGUAAGGGCCUCGUACUCAUUCAAAGCGUCAUCCGCAGUUUUCUCAAACGUCGAGUACGGAGAGCUGCUCCACGGCUCAGUAACACACCAGCACAUGGUCGAGAACUGUCGAUGACUGAAGGCACUCACUUUCUCAAAGAGUUGGCCGACGGUCGAGUCUACAACGGCAUUAUCCGAAGUGUGCAGAAGAACAUGUACGUUCUGGGAUAUGAGGAAGAUGCAGAGGCACAAGACAAAGUCAACGAAAUCGAGAUGAAAAUCAUUCUCAAAGAGUCCCAACGACUCAGUGGAGCUCAUGAAUCUCUUGGACGCAGAGAGUGUGAAGACGGUGAGAUAUCACUCACCGACCUACCUGACUUGACUGACCCCAGCAUACCCGGUAUGAUAAAACGUGUCUCAUCUCGUGACUCGGGGGAAGCUUUGCUGGUAUCGAAGACGAGCAAGUUGGACAUGUUCAAACGCUCUCACACUCACAAACAACUCAACAUGGACAUGGGACUGUUUAGUGUCCCAUCAAGUGACUCCAUUCUACUGAUGUUCCCAGCUUGCCAAAGCUUGGUAUCCCAGGCACGAAGCCACUGGUUCCUCUGUGUGGUCGACACUGCGUUCGCUGGCACUUAUCAGACGACCGACCAGCGCACGCAAGAGAAGCAAGCUAUGAUUCGAGAUAUUGUCAUGCGCAUCGACAGCUACAUGAAGCGCAAGCGACUGCGAGUGAUCGAUCUCUUCCGCUUCUGCGAUGCCGACGGGAAUGGCAGCAUUUCACCCGAAGAGAUGAUCGAGACGCUCUCGCAGAUGGAGAUCCAGCUCACACCCGACCAAGCACACGCGUUCCUCCAACAUAUCGACAAGGACGGCAAUGGCUCGAUCGACGUUGACGAGUUCGAAGAACUUGUCCGCGUUUCUCGUCGUAACGAAGCGCAACGCGAACAGCUCAAGAAAGAGCUCAACGGUUCUCGAAAACAAUCAGAGAAUAAACCCUCCCACAGACACAACGGCGUCAUGAAAGCCAAGACCAAGCAAGCCAUUCUCGACGAGUUCAAAGCUGCUCAAGAGCAAGACGAUACAGGCAUGAAUGCCAACCAGUUACGCUCCCUCAUCGCGCACCUAUCACUGCCUGGCAUCAACGACGCAUUCGUCAGCUCUCUCGUGGAUCGAGUAGUGGAGAUUGCAGAAGCUUCCGCGUCACUUUCUCCUCCUUCGAGCUCUCAGUCACAGACACGCGGCUCAAACAAGUGCGUCAUAUCGUACCAUCACCUAACCAAAGCACUGGACGAGCUCGAGUGGACCAAGAAGUCCAACCGCUUCCUCGAUCCGUCUUGGAUCCGCCAGUUUGACUCGCAGCUUGAACGCGCCAUCCGCGAGUACGAGCUGCUUUGA